UGUGACUAGGUCUUAUUGUCAAUAAAAAGAAAACCCUUUAUACUAAAUAUGGCUUAACCUUAUGCAAACUGUUUACAAGCCAAGUUCAUAGGCCUUUAACCUCUCAAUCUCCAUUUUUGAGAGUAACACCAAAACCAGAAGAAACUCAUUCUUAUAGGUAUACAAUACAAACAUUCUACAAUGGCUGAUGAUGAUCCACAAGAUGUAGCCGAUAGGGAACGCAUUUUCAAGCAUUUUGAUUCCGAUGGUGAUGGCCAAGUCUCUUCACAAGAGCUUGGUGAUGCCCUUAAAGCACUUGGAUCGGUGACCCCGGAAGAAGUGCAACGGAUGAUGGCAGAGAUUGAUACAGAUGGUGAUGGCUUCAUUUCACACGAUACAGAUGGUGAUGGCUUCAUUUCACACGAAGAGUUCAUAAAUUUUGCACGAGCCAACCGUGGCCUAGUGAGGGAUGUAGCCAAGAUUUUUGGUUUUUUAAGUUCUUGCUCUUAAUAAUUUUAUUAUUUCUUUGUGCUGUAUUGUCAACAAUGUUUAUUAUGACAUACAAUCAUUUAUCAAUGUGUGUUCAUCCUUUAGAUAUAAGAUGUAACAAUGAUAGGUUCAUGAUGUGUUAGUUAGCCUCUUUUGGGGGGUUUUGUUUUUUGAAGUUGUGUAUGGCCUAACGCUUUUGUUGUUAGUUGUACGGUCAUGUCU